GCGGAAGUGACGUGUACACCUGAGCGCCACAUACAACUCAUUUGUUUAUUUAUGUUGUUGUCGAUUAAAAAAAAAAUGUGAGUUGAUGUGUGUAUGGCUAAAUCGUAGCUAUGCUAAGACGAUUUAUUUCAUCACGAUACGUGAAAUGAUUUAAACACCAACCCACCUUCUCUUUUGUCGCCACGUGAGUGAGAGACCAUGGGCCGGUUGGAUGAAGCCGCCAAACACAAAGUGGUGGAGUUGCGGAAGGCUGGCCUUAGCUUCCGUAAGAUCAAAGCUGUGCUGGAGCUGGAGAACAUCAAGGUGUCUGCCCAGGCCAUCUACCUGUUCCUGAGGGAGUUUCAAGGGAGGCCGCCAGGGAGGGUUAGACCCAUGGAGGCUGGAGGCAGCACAUCAUCUGCACAGGUGCAGCCUCGGGCAAUGCAAGACAGCUGGAGUAACAUUCAUCUCCAAAACCUUCUGCGAGAGGCAUCUCACCAGGCUAACCUCACGGCAGCUGCAAAUUUUGCAAAACAGACUUCCUCAAAUCAAGAUGCUGGUGCAAAGCCGUCCGGGUCUGGGGAGACCAGCGGAGGAAGCAGGCCAGAGCAGCAGCACGAGAGAGAUAAGGAAGAAAAUGACAUCCAGAUUGUUAGUGUCACUUCCCUUGCACAGAGCAACCAACAGAGAGUUCCCCAGUCCACUGUAACAAGAGCAGAGGCCGGCGCUGCGUCCGCCACACUAACAGCUUCUGGAGCAUUCAUGAGGAGAAGAGUUACACCUUCUCCAGCCACCAACUCAAUGCUGGCAGCUCGAAAGAGGCUUUUGGAUAAAGCUCUGUCUCACAGGAUGAAGUCAUUCCAACAGGUGGCGUCGUUACUGAGGAGAGAUCCUUCAAGUGUCCAAGGUGCGGAUUUGAGAGGUACAAUGCCACAGCCACCUGAAACGUAUGAUCUGACCACUGAAAAGACUGUUAUGGAAGGUCAGUCUGGUGGAGGCAUCGCCCCGAGGCGUUUCCUCACACAGAGACCAGGUCUGUCUGUGCGUUCCCUUCACCCUCUCCCUCGGGUCGGCAUUCGUCUUCCAAGCCGCUCACCAGCAUCUUUAACAUCCUCGGCUCCUGGGGCUGCCAUCAUCCGUCUACAGACCCCCGGAAGCCAGGGGAGCGCUCGUAUUGAGGGAAACCCGAGCCCCCAGCAGGCGGCCCAGGACACCGGAGGGAGAGGCUGUCUACAGGAUCAGAUUCAGACUCUGGGCUCUGAGGUGCGCAGCUUGGGUCUGGCAGUCAAGAUGCUGGUGGAGCAGCAGUGUUGCCUGGAGAGGGAGCAGACUCAGCAGACACACAUUCAGAAACAGAUCCUCAGCACUCUGCAGAGCCUCGCCACCAAACUGGGACGCUGUAGCGUUGUUCAACAGCAGCACAACAAAACUCCGUCGCCCUCUAGUUUGCCGACAGCUUCUGCAUCUACCUCCUUCAGCCAAGACACAUUCAACUUCAGUCAAGGCACGUACACUCAGUGCAGCCAAAGCCAGCCAAGCUUCAACUCUUUAGAGAGUUUAGAAAAUGUAGAGGCCUUUAAACUGCCAGGACUGAGCCCUUCGAGUAUGAACGGGUUUCCACCAUGUAGCAAUGCUGAAAAUCUCCCACUUACACACACUCCCUCUCAAACACAAUCAUAUGUAACUGCAUACUCACAGCAAAGCAGUCAAACGAUCAUGCCACCAUACACACAGUCCUACGUCCCCACAUACACCCAGCCACAUUCUCAGACUUUCAGAGGAUCAGAGGGUAAAACCUCUGAUUUCAGCAGCUGUUCAGGAAGGACUCUCCAGGACUGCAGUGUGUCCACGCAGCCGGUGAUGAACUCCAACCACUCCUCACAGGAUCAACAGAUCAAUAUUAUCAAAGUGGAAGGACCCUAGAGGCAUUCACAUGCCACAGAUGAGUGUUUUUGGGGACCAUAAGGGCUUGGAUGUGCUUUUUUUUUUAGAGUAGAAUACUUAUUUAAGACACACUUAAUGUUUUUACAAAGAGCAUAUGCUGUAGCAUUUCUUAAAUUCAUUAAUUUUAUUUCUAAAGUACAUUUUAAGAAAAUACAAAUGGCAAUAGAAUGCAGUGCUAUAGUAAUUACGUGCUAUGAUUUGUCUUUAUUUUAGGCAAUGAUUAAACAAUUAUAAGAAAAAUGAUUAUGUGCAGGCACUCUGACAUUUUUAACACACUUCUUGUUCAUUUUAUAUCUGUUAUUUUUUGUAUCUCUAGGACUGGCAUUAUGAACUGUUAAUUUUCAUACUUGUAUGCUAACCGAUAAAAAAUAAAUAAAUAAAUAAAGAGAUGGCUAUGAUCCAAA